UCAACUUAAGCAUGGGCAUGUAAACUUAUGAGCACCACUGUAUAUUUUGGAUCUUCCUAAAAAAAAACAAUUGAUACACUCUUACAAAAGAAACCCCUCUCAAUAAUUACUUAUGACCCUCUAGAAAUGUGUGGCAGUGUCUGUAUCUGCAGAGACCUGCCCAAGUUCUCCAUAAUAAUUCUAAAAACAAACACAAAAAAGCAGCUGGAUCUAGAAAUGAUAACAACAAUCCAGUGAAUAAUAAAUAAAUGGGGAAACCUAAAGAGGCUGGAUACAAAUCGUCUCCAUGCAGUAAGUACCUUCAUAUAUUGUAUUUCAAACUAGUACUUGUGUUUUUAUUUGUAGGAUGUGCAACAAGUCAAAAGCGGAUUGGUACAAGUACAGCAAUCCCUCUGAAUAACGUUGUUGUCCCCCAUGCCCCUCUUUGUACCCAGUAUGUUGGUUAUGAAAACAGUAUCACAUGUCUUUCAGCUGGCAUAAAUACACUUAAAAAGGUGAAGUGACGAGCCUGUUAUCUAUUUUGAAACAUGUGCCAUUUGAACCUACUGAGUUGUGCAAUACUAUAGCACAGCCAACUGAAGCACUGGCCAUUUCACCUGUGGAAGUAGUAAAGAUAAGACAGUGUUUACAUCUUGGUGAAUAUUGAAAGAAAUCCAAAUGCACCAGCUGAACUCUGAUAGAUGAUUGAAAAAGACUACAGAGACUACAUAGAAUACAUAGUGGAUUUAAGUUGAUGGAAACCUCAGAGAAAAUGUUUAACUGGGACGAGGAGUGGAACAUCUCUUUUGCAGGCUGUGGAUUCCGAUGUAUUUACUACCUGGGAGCUUUGGCCUGUAUCCUUGAGCGGGUCCCACAGCUGGUUCAUGGAGCCUCUAAGAUCUGCGGAGCUUCAUCUGGAUGUCUCGUGGCUGCAGCUCUGGCUGUUGGGAUUCCCAUCGAGCAGUUCUGCGUUGACGUUUUGACCGUGGCGAAAGAGGCCAGAAAACACACACUGGGAGUUUUCCACCCGACAUUCAGUCUGCUGCGGACAGUCCGGGACAACCUGCUGGAGAAGCUUCCAGCAGACGCCCACCUCCGGGCCUCCGGUAAGCUGUGCGUGUCCCUCACCAGACUGGCUGAUUGGAAGAACGUUUUGGUGUCAGAGUUUGCCAGCAGAGAGGAGCUCAUUCAGGCUCUGAUGUGCAGUUGCUUUUUCCCUUGUUACUCUGGUUCCAUCCCACCUUCGUACCGUGGAGUGCACUAUAUGGAUGGAGCCCUGAGCAACAGCAUGCCUCUGUUCGAGCAGAGAAACACCAUCACUAUGGCCCCGUUCUCCGGCGAGAGCGACAUUUGCCCCACAGAGGGUACAUUCAACUUCUUCGAAGUGCACUAUGGCAACGUUAGCAUCCAGGCCAACGUCGGCAACGUGCAUCGGAUCUGUACAUCCUUCCUCCCUCCCACAUUUGAAAAGCUGGCUGAGAUCUGCCACAACGGCUAUGUAGAUGCUCUUCAUUUCCUGAGAGAAAGAGAUCUGCUUGGUACACAGUGUCCUCCCCUCAGUUUGAUGGCGGAGAAGGACACAGUCAAACCUGCUUGUUGUGAGCCCGUGAAGACACUUGUGAAUGGACCAAACCCACAUCAGGAAGAUCAUUGGUGGCUGGAUGUGAAAGUCAUAGAGAACCUCCCAGUCAGCCUCAAGAAAGUGCUGUGCGAGGCGUGCAGGGACAGUCAUUGUGGCGACACCCAGUGGUCUCAGCUCACUGAGUUCCUUCCAGUGAAAGGUGUCAUGUAUCUGCUGGCCCUCCUCAUGUUGCCCAUUGAGCUGACCUUCUCAUUCACCAAAAGCAUGAUAUUAUCGCUGUUAACAUGGACUGCAGAUCUCCGCAGGCAGACAUGGAGCAGCAAAGCCAAGGACCCCGACAGGGCAUUGACAGAGCCGCAUUGCAGCAGAAAGUCCUCUAACUCAGAACUCAGACAGGACUAGACCAAAACAUUAAACCCACGACCUCAACAAGUACCUCAAAUUCUUCAUUGGUAACAACAGUAACCUGGACCUCUUCUAACGCACAUCUACCUGCACAGGCCCAUCCAACUUCCCCAUCCCCAAAACACCUCCAAACCACAGAUGUAAACAGACACUUCAUCACCCAUCAACCAGGCAGAAAUAAGGCAUCAUCAUUGCAAAUGUAAAACCUGUUAUGAAUGGCAUAUGAUUUUUAUCACCUUUUUUAAAUUUUUCAGAAAUAGAGUAGCUUAUUUAUAAUCUCUUAACACUUGUGUACUUCUGUGUAGAAGAAAUGCUUGUUUGGGUGUUGGACUCCUUUGUAUCACCUCAAAAACUACCGGACAUUGUGACCAAAUGCUUAAUCUAACUAUUCCAAAUGAUCAUACUUUUAUGGCUCAGUGGUAGAGCGGUUGCGAGCCAAUCGGAAGGUUGGUGGUUCGAUCCCUGCAGUCGAAGUGUCCUUGGGCAAGACACUAAACCCCGAGUUGUUGUGAAUGUUGAUCCGAUGAGCAGGUGGCACGUUGUACGGCAGCUUUGGCCACAAUGUGUGAAUGGUUUCUGUACUAUGUAAAAGCAUUCAGAGUAGUCGUUGAGACUGGAAAAGCGUAAAUACAGUCCAUUUUAAAGUGCAAUUAGUCUGCCCUUAAUCAAAUGAAAUGAACACACCUUUCUGUUGCAAGACCAGCUUUUUGAACGCAGUGCACAAAAAUCAAUUUGAUCAAGAGUUGACAGGGAAACCGAAGCAAAGUUGUUAUCUGCUGAAUGCAGCCAUUUCAUUGCCAAUAUUUGGUUUUCUUUAAGACUGUAUGAAAAAAAACAAAAAAAGUUUAUGGCCUUUUCUGGUUUCAGUUAACAAAAUAUGUGUACGGCAUCACAGCAGUAUUACAAGGAACAAUGUUGGUACAGAAACAUUUUCAUAGGAUGCAAGUUUAGUGUCAUGCCAAACCAAUUCAAGGAUUUACUGUAAACAUCAGGUGGUUUGGUCAGGACAUAAGAUGUUAAAAGAUCUCUCUUACAUUGUCAAUCAUGUCAAUCUACCUCUGCUAAAGCAUUUUUGGGGGCACUAAGUUACUGUGAAAUCCAGUUCCACAACCUAGCGCACAACCUUUGUUGCAUGUCUGCCCUUCUCUUUCUAUGUUGGGCUCCACCUUCAACUGUUUUCUUUUCUUAUAUAUUGUCUACAAAAUAAAACACUUCUACAUUUACCCACGACGUUGUAUGACAAUUUAAAGUAACAAAAGGUAAUCCAAUAAUAUAGAAAAAGCAUCAUCAGGACAUUUUAAUGGACAGAUGUUCUGUAAAAAUUCCUUGUGAAUGACAUUUUCAUAAACAUACAAAACAUAAUUCUAAAAUUCCUAAAAUCAAAAAAGUGAUGGUUAAAGAUUAAAAUAUAACCUGUGAGUUUUGUAACGUUGUCCUGAAAGGCUUGCCAGGAAUUCCCUCUGUGGUAUCUUGAUCGCACAUGAUCGAGUCUGGUUUCAUCAAGUGAUCACUUUGCAUUGUGGUCAGUUCAUAGCACCAUGAAUGUAAAACAUUAUUUGCUAGCUAAAAGCUCAAUUCACAGAGGACCAUACAGACUUCACACAGAUAAAUCAAACUUUUGAAAUAACCAUCUGGAGUAUUAUCUACUGUCACAACAGUAGACGUGAAGGUAUACACAUUUACUGCAUCACAGUGCAGUACAGUACAAAGGCAAAAACAUAUUUAAAUACGUGAUCUUCCCCAAGCACAGUCGCGCAUCAUUGUCAAGUCCCUGAUUUCACAUAUUUAAAAAGACUGCCAUGAAGAUGAUCAUACAUGUAUCAAGACCACAAACAAAAUAAAAAGUGCAGAUGGAAUAUUCUGCAAAACCUCUAAAAA